UGGCAGUGGUGGGGAGAGUGGGCAUGAAGCGAGACCGGCGCGGUCGUCUGGCUGCCCCGGCGCUGCAGACACGGUUAGGACAGCAGGCUGCGGGGAGCAGGCGGGGGAGACCGAGGUCUGCAGCCAGGAGGAAUGUGUCCGGGGACCGGAGCGAGGGCAGCAGCAGCGGCCGGGAAGAAGGCGGCGGGCUGGGACUCGCCUCGUUAGAUGUCGGAGGAGGGGGUGCUGAAGGCGGACCGGAGCAGCCGGGCUCAGGGAGGCUCACCACGGCGUUCUGCCGCCUGUGCCACGGCAAGUUCUCGUCGCGCAGCCUCCGGCACGCCUUCGCCAAGCUCCCGGCGGAGCUGGGGCGGCCCCCCGGCGCCGAGAGGAAGCACCGCGGCCCGCAGCUCUUCUUUGCCGAUUUCCAGAGGCUGGUGGGCGUGCCGGUCCACCGGGACCCCCUGCUGUCCCAGUUCGUCUGCAAGAACUGCCACAGCCAGUUCUACAAGUGUCACAGCAUUCUGCGCACCUUUGUGCAGCGGGUCAACCUCUCCCCCUCCUCCAGAGACAAGCCCCGGGGCAGGGAAGAUUCACUGUCUUUGCACUCAGCUGGAGACAGUUCUGUGUUUGAGCAGGCGAUCAGCUCCAGCGCGCAGCGUCUGCACGGCCUGGUCUCCUGGGCGCACCAGCACGCGGCGGGCUGCCAGGCGUGCCCGGCGCUGCAGGAGGUUCUUGCAGGGGGGUACUGCGGAGCGGUGCAGGCCGUCUGGGGCUGCGAUGACGGGCACAGCUAUGUCCUGGACGCGGCCUCCGACUGGCCCGGCCCGGGGCGAGGCCCAGCGGUACAGCCAGCAACCCCCGAGCGAGGGGAGGGGCUCGGGAGGCCGGCGGCAGCAACCACCGUCCCGGAGCCCAGCACCCAGCUGCGGCCGGGCAGCACAGCCCUGUGCGGCUCGCCCAGCCCCCAGCCUGUGUGUCCAGUGGCUCCGCACACCCAGGACGGCACACUGCAGCCCUCCCAGAGUGGGGAGAGCCUGGAGGAGCCUUCCUGCCCCAACAGCGCCGACGGACAGAUAAUCAGAGAGAAGCUCAUUCCGGCGCCAGCAGAACCACUGGAUGGGGUAGAGGACAGCGAUCUAUCAGACAGGGAUUCCUUCAGUGAAGAUGAUGAUGAAGACAAGAGGAAGAGCGGCUCAUCUGAUGAGUUGUUUGAGCCAUAUCCUGAAAAAAACAGGGUUUCCCCAAAGAAGAAUGAGAACAAAGAAGAGAAGAAGAAGCCAGAACCAAAAGUGAGAAAGAAACCGGGUCCCAAGCCAGGCUGGAAAAAGAAGGUCAAGACAGAGCGAGAAGAGCUGCCUACAAUUUAUAAAUGUCCUUACCAGGGGUGCACGGCUGUCUACAGGGGGGCUGAUGGCAUGAAGAAACACAUCAAGGAGCACCACGAGGAGGUGCGGGAGCGGCCUUGUCCUCACCCGGGCUGCAACAAAGUCUUCAUGAUUGACCGCUACCUGCAGCGCCACGUCAAGCUCAUUCACACAGAGGUGCGGAACUACAUCUGUGAUCAAUGCGGCCAGACAUUCAAGCAGCGCAAACACCUUUCUGUCCAUCAGAUGAGGCAUUCAGGAGCCAAACCUUUGCAGUGCGAGGUGUGCGGCUUCCAGUGCCGGCAGAGGGCGUCGCUGAAGUACCACAUGACCAAGCACAAGGCAGAGGCGGAGCUGGAGUUCGCCUGCGACCUGUGCGGGAAGCGCUUCGAGAAGGCCCACAACCUCAACGUGCACAUGUCCAUGGUGCACCCCCUCACCCUCACAAGCGUAGACAAGGGCAAGCCCGACGAGGAGCCCGCUCAGCACCCGCCCGCGGGGGAGGCGGUCCUCGUGCUGCAGGGGGACCCCAGCUGAAGCAGGAGCCGGGAAGCCCCGGCUGCACUCUGCUGGUAGACCACGCAAUAAGAAUGAGUCCAGAUACCGGCCAUUAAAGAAGCACAGCACUGCUGCAUGAAGAGCAAGGAGAAAAAUCAGUCUUUUAAAAAAACUGCACAGGUUUCCCUCAUUCUGAUGAAGGGCUUUUGUGCUGGAGAGUCUGUACAGCAGUAGAAAUAAGAUGUAAUUGGGUUUGUGGCUCAAACGACAUCUUUAAACAGAGGUUUCUUUUCGAGAUGUUCAAGUUUAAUAUCUAAUUCGAACCAACACAAGGUUGAAAAUCUGUUAUCACAGUACUGACAACAUUUUUUUUUUCCUUCAUGCUUGGUACUUUUACAGUGUCAGAGUUGUUUGUUUUUUUAAAUAGCCGUUCAAAUUAAUGACAUUUUUUAAGAACACUGUUCAUCUGGUUUAACAUUUAAAUUUCUGGACAGAUAUUAUUCUUUGCUUUGAGCUAAGGGGUUGAAUUACAUACCAGAGUGAAAUAAGUUAUAAGAAAAGCCUGAUAGCGUUUAGAGGAGUGUGUGCUGUGACAGUCUAUAACAAAACUGUUCGAACUGGGUAAACAAAGCAUUCUGCAUCUUCAGGGUUGCAGAAGACUUCAGAUAACACAUAAACAGGCAGAUCCUUAUUAUGUGGUAAUUAAUAGCUGUACAUUCAGGGAAACCCGAUAAUACACGAUAAUUAAUAGUGAUGAAUUCUGUGAGCAGCUGACCUGUCCUCGGGUACUCCAGAUCCACUGAAUCCCUCUGCUAUUUCUCAAAUUGCACUUGAACCACGUUUCAGAAAAAAUGGGAUCUAUAACAAGUCUAGCGGUCUCACCUAGCUAAGAACUACCCAUCUUGUGUCAGCCUUACAGUCAAAAUAAACCUUUUUUCCAAGUUAAUAUUAAUAGCCUAUAAAUACAGCCAGCUAAAAUCUGACCUGACGGUAAACUGCAGUGUGUCAGAAGAUUGCCGCAAUAAACUGUGAACUUCCCAACCCUUCCUCUUAAAUAGGAGCAGUGUUCUGCUGAGGAAGUUCACAGAUCAAUCCCCAGGGUAUUAGCAAGAACCUGUAGGAGGCAGGGUUUGGAUUAUAACUGUGUGAGAGGAACAGGCUGCAGGUGACAAGACUUGAUUGUUUUGUUCAGAAUUUCUCUUUAUGGACCGAGAGGAGUUUUUAGGUCCAUUGCAAUUUAACAACAUUGGAAUAUAAAUCCACAAAUGCCUAAGAUGAGAACUGGAAAUCAAGUAUUCUGGCAUUAAAGGAUUAGUAUUGUUCUGUAGAUUAAAUUUACUUUAGAUUAUAAUCAUUGCCAUGUAGUUUACAGUUGGUAGUUUUGCAGAAAAUAACUCAAGCACAUGAAGCAUUGCCACUUUUGUAGUCCAAACUCCUAAAUCCCAUGACCUGCAUCCUGUCCCAGAUUCUGAUUUCUUACCAACACUAUAGUUUUAAAAUGUGGGACUGGUUGAUGUCAGUUUCACUAGACAUUUGACUAUUUUUCUAGUCAUUCCUCUCAUUGAAAUCUGCUCUGUUGUUGAACUUAAUGCCUUUCAAAGCUGUCUGUCCAAUACUUUAAGAUAACAGAAAGAUGCACAUGUCAUGAAGCUUGUGUAUAGUAUUUGUGCUGGCUCAUCUAAGGGAUACCAUAGUUAAAAAUCCAUACUCAGCAAUCUAUUAAUCUUUUUACCAUGGAGAAAGUGUUCCUCACAGGCAGACAAGAGUCUUUCUCAGCAGCCUUUCUCAUUUUGCAGCUGCAGUCUUGCAAAUAGGAGAGUGAUUUUAGUUACUUUUCAAUGAUAAAACUCAGCUGCCUAAGCAUUUGAAGCACUUAAGAGUGUGUGUCGAGUGAAAGUGUGUUUAAAAAAAAUCCCUUUAAACAAUGUAACAUGUGCUAAACACAUUUUAGUUCAGUAGUUGUAAGCAUACUGUUUUGUGUGCAAUGAAGACAUCUAAUUUCUAUAUGACUUACGCAGGUUGUAUGUAUAUGGUGUAAAUAGUUUUACUUUGUAAAUCUCCUGUGUGCAUUCUCCAUGCUGGCUUGAAGAAGUGGGGUGUAAUUAUAAAAUCAUUUAGAGUUUAUUUCAUAACGGUCUUAAAGACUUUAAUAAAUUGUGUACGGUAAGCAGGAUAACAUUACAGGUGAUGGCUGUUUAAGGAGAACUUUGCCAUCUCAACUUAUGUACACAUUGUUGGGUGUUCGGUGCAUCAAAGAGUUUGAUUUUAUUUUGAAGAGUGCAGGUUUCAGGACUAGUGCUGUUAGAAAUGAGUGAGAAAAUUCAAACUGCUGCUCUCUAGAACCUACAGAAGCCAUUGUAGUACAGACAGCUGGGGAAAAAAAAGGUUAAGAUUUUAUUUUUAUAAAAGAUGUUUUGAGAAGUUGAAAUUGUUCUCUCAUUCUGUUACAGACAAAAGAAAUGUAUUAAUUUAAUAGUAAGGACAACUUUCUGAGCAGAUGUUUUGAGGAAAGAGAUGUAUUUCAAAUGGGACAGAUGAUUUUGAGUGCUACAGUUCUACUACUAGUUACGAUUUUUCCAACUGUAAUACUUGUUAUCUGUGCCCACCAGCUCCAGAACCUCAGAGCCUUCGAUAUUCCCCUUUUGCUAGUUUCGGCUACCAGUACUUGCAAGGAAAUUUGUACCUUUUUUCGUUAUUAAUUCUGUCCUUUACUAAGCAGUCUUGCAAAGUCCGCACUAUUGAACAUUUCAUAUUGUUUUUAAUAAAGCAACUUAGGAAAAACCUCA